AAUCCAUAAUACCCUAUAUUCCCCAUAUAUGACUACAAUACCAUAAUCCCCGUAAUACCCCUGUCAUUUGAAAUUCCAAACCCAAACCGUGCCUCUCUCUUCCUCUCGCCCAAACCCACGGUGAACCCAUCCCAAACCGUGCCUCUCUCUUCCUCUCGCCCAAACCCACGGUGAACCCAUCCCAAACCGUGCCUCUCUCUUCCUCUCGACGCAAUUGUGACCACCACGGAGAUCCACGAAGGAACUCCAUCUCGACCGAACCACCGUGAGCACGAGGAAAACCACCACAACAAUGUCGGGCAAGUCUUCCAAAGUUCCACGACUUUUACUGCCAGUGUCUGAACAUUACACUGGUCGUGUUACUUGGCGGGGCGGUAGUUACUAUUACCCCAAAGUAAAAGCCAAGUUUGUACAAAUGCAGUUGUUGGAAAGGGUGAAGGAGGAAUCCCCUUUCAACAAUUUUUUUGAGAGAGAGCCAUUAGCGUUUUCAGGUGCUCUUAUCCAUCAGCUCUUCAUGCAUAAGAUAAAAUCAGAUAAAGAUGAUGAGGUGCAUUUUUAUAUUGCAAAGAAGAGAUGCCGAUUCGGCCGAACUGAGUUUGCCUUGGUGACUGGGCUUAAUUUGUUACGUGGACCGACUGAGGCUGAGGUUUCGGAGAGGGCGACGUCAGACCGUUUGAUAGUAGAAUAUUUUAAUGGGGAUCCAUCUAUCAGCAUUGGUCGUCUGCGCAGCGUCUUUGAGAGUUGCACUGAGAAGGAUGAUUGUUACAAGUUGGGUUUGGUGCUGUUCGUGAUGGGUGUUCUGACUGGGAAAGAAGAGAAGAACCUGGUUCCCCCAUUUAUCAUUAGAAUGGUUGAGGACCUCCCUUUUUUCUACAAUUACCCGUGGGGGAAAAUUUCUUUCAACUUGUUGAAAGAUACUUGGAGUAAGGACUUCGUACAAAAGAAAAAGCAUAUGGAUGAGAAGAUUGUGAAGGGAACGACUCAGAAGGAGUCAAAGUAUUCGGCCUAUGGAUAUGCUGUAGCAUUGCAGUAUUGGGCUUAUGAGUCCAUCCUCGAGCUUGCUGAGAAAUUCGCAAUCAGAAGAUCGCAUCGCUUUCCCCGAAUGGUGAACUGGGAGAGUAAGGAUGCCCCACUCGGGAAAGAGGAAGUCAUCAGAUUAUUUGCAAAAAAAUUGACAGUGUACUCCGUUUUAUGUCCGCGGAGUAAUGAGGCCGAGUUUUUGAGCCACGUCACUGGAGGUGAGGCGCCUCUAUUUGUGGAUAUGGAAGAAUUGGUUAUUGGCGAUGAUGGCCAGCCUACUCAGGAUAGUUUGCGCAGCCAAGCUUCAAAGCUUGCACUCACGCUAGAACAGCGAGCGGAGGAAGCUGGAAUCUUCAGAGAUGAUACACCACCACAUUCUCCACCAUCAGGGGCCCGUUCUGUUCCACCGUCUGCCUCAAUGCCCGAUUCUGCAUCUAUGCCGCAGUCAGCAUCUAUUCCCAGCACCUCACAGCCUCAGGUGCCAAUAUCUUCUGCCAUAUUGGCAAGAUUGGAGCGUGUUGAAAAGGAACAGCUUGCUUUGAAGCAAGGCCAGACUGAUAUUUUGAAAGGGCAGAAUGAGAUAAUGGGUUACUUGAAGACCACAGCCAAGCUCUUAUGGGAGAUCAGAGAAGGCCCAGCGCAGAGACCUAAUGAUGAGGAAGAUGUACUCCGGACACCUCAGAACAUGUCGGUCACGUCCAUUGGAGAUACCCAAGAUUCAGAGGUUCAGGUUUUAGAGACCGUUCCAACACCGGUGGAGAAGAGAACGAAGAAAAGGCCAAGGUGGUUUGACGAGUACACCGAAAUGAAGAAGAAGAUGAAGCCAUCAACAACCAAUGUGAAUGUUGACCCACUUCGGCCCGUUGAUGAGAAGCUACUACAUAGUUUUCGAAAUUGGUUAGUGGGAACCAUCGGAAACAAGUAUCCGAGGGACGUCUUCACCGGUCUGUGUGGCGUGGCUUGGUUCUCGACCCUAAAUACAGACAAACUAUGGCUUUCUGAUGACCAUUUGGAUGCUGCUUUCCAUAUGAUGAGGAGGAGGCAACACUUCUUCCCGGAGUUGUACCCACGUAAGUGUACUGUGAUGCCAUCUUGGUUUACCUCAUCGUUGAGGGGUCGGUGGGAUGCUUGGAAGAGCAAUACUGACCAUGAUGGUUUUGUUUGGGAUGAGUCCAUCUUGGAACUCCUUCGUGGGGAUCCAAACCAAUUUUUGCCUUCUUGGAAGGGUAUGGAGUGCAUAUACAUGUCCAUGUUCUUGAACAGACCGGAACAUUGGAUCGCUAUGGAGGUCAAUCUUGAGUUGUGGAAGAUAUUCCUCUUCGAUUCGAGUCUUGGAUCUCUAACGAAAGACGAACUGAAUUCGCUUAUGGAUGUGUGGUGCCCUUUACUAGCCAAAUUGGUGGACCAGUGUGGUGUAUGUGACACUCAUUACAUGGUGAUGGUCCCUCAAAUGACAGCCUCCGAAAGUCAGGUCAGACCCUUCGACUGGGAAAUGAUGGACAAUAAAGUUGUACCUCAGACAAAAUCGAGCGGCGAUUGUGGAAUGUACGUCAUAGAGCAUAUUGAGCAUAAGUUAUUGGAUCUACCAUUCGAUGGAGUACAUGAUCAGCAUAUGUCGCUCUUUCGCCAGAGAUGGGCAGUAGAUUUAUUCUACCAGAACUUGGCAUGA